AUGAAGGGCAAGAAGCGGUUGUCUUAUGUGCCUGGCUUACGCGGGUAUUUCUGGUUAUUUGUUGCGCUCUGGCUUCUGGAGCAGCAAUAUGUGUACUCAUCACGCGCAUCAGGAAAGAAGGCCGCCGGGGUGAAUGCAGAGUUGGAAACCACCAGAAGAGUUCCAGGCGAUACGAUGGCUAGAAUAUAUGCAGAACUGGUUGCCCAGCAAGAAGCAACCGGCACCCAGCUGGCGACGGUACUCCUUACAAAGAAUCGAGGCCACAUAAUAGCUUUCAUUGUGCUUUUCUUAAUCUUAAUAAGGGCAAUUAUACUUCGCAGAGAGAGAGAGCGCAAAAAGAAGGUUGAAGAAGAAGUUAAACCCCCCCGAGGGGAACCCCAACCGAAAGAGGAAGCAGGAAGCGAAGAAGGAAAAGUAGAAGAAGAAAAAGAAAAGGACGAGGAACACGCAGAAAAAGAGAAAGAAAAAGCAGAAAAAGAAAAGGCAGAAGACACAGAAGAAGAAGAAGAAGAAGAGGAGGAAGAAGAAGAAGAAGAGGAAGAAGAAGAAGAAGAAGACGAAGAAGAGGAAGCGGAAGAAGAUGAUGAAGGAAAAGAAAAAGAUAAGGAAAAGGAAAAGGAAGAAGAAGAAGAGAAAAAAGAAAAGGCAGAAAAAGAAGAAGAAGAGGAGGAAGAAGAAGAAGAAGAAGGGGAAGAAGAAGAAGAAGCAGAAGAAAAGCCUGUUCUAAAAGAUGAAUAUCCACUGGAGGAGGUAGUUUUGCCGCCAGAGGAACCUCCGAAAGAAAUACCUCUGCCACAAAUGCCUAUGCCACAAAUACCCGUGCCGAUACCGGGGCUUAAACCAACAGCUGAAGCUCCACCUGAAAAACAACCAGAGGAUCCUGGUGGCGAUGGAAUACCAGAUGAAGAGUUCAUAGAGAGGCCGAUAACUCGUUCGAGGACUCGAAAGGACUUUCUCCGGAAGGAGGUGCCUCCUCCCGAGGCCCCUACCCAGGUGCAGCCAGGUCCAGCGCCUGGCGUGCCAGAAGUGGCGUAUGUGGAGCCUCCUGUCCCUCCAGCAGUCGUCACUGUGCCGCCCCACGAAAUCCCACAACCCACACCUGUCCCGGGGUUCCCGGUCGAUGGGGAAAUGCAAAGGUUGAGGGCUCGGCGGAGCCUCGUCAGCAGUCUGGUAGACGUUGCGAGCAGGAUGGCAGAUGAAUUACCAGGCGAUGAGGCACAAAAUAUUGUCAAGGAAUUAAAGAAGAAGUUGCGAACUGCUGAAAGGGCAGAAAGGGAAUACGAAACUGCAGAGGGUCGCAGCGAUCCGAACCUUCCAAGCAUUCGGAAUAAGGCCAUCCAUGUAAUAAACUCAUCCAUUGAAGGGUCCCGCAUUGGUCUAUUGCAGUUGGUAAAUAUGGCAAAGCCUUACGGUGAGCAAAUGUACGCGCGCUGCUCUGGGAGGCAUUUUCUUACGAAUGUCGAGCGUUUGUGGGAGCAACUGGAGAAAUGCCGAGAUACAACGCCGGUUAAGGUAUCUAUAGAGACUCUGGGUUUGCUGAGAAAUGUCUCUGUAACUCUGAAACAGGAGAAUGAUGACCAGCUUAGGAUCUUGAGGUCAGCACAAUUCGUAAACGAGUACGAACCGUAUACUUUCGUGGAUAUUUACACAGCCAUCGUUGCCAUGAAGUUUAGAAUGGAAACUGUGGAGCGCUUGGCUGCGCUGGACAAAGCACUGAAAGAAGAUAUUCUAGAUUUCCAAAAGACUUGGAUGAAAGGGAUUCUUCAGGUCAACCGGAUACCGCUCGAGGUGGAUGCAACGUUGGUUCGGAAACUCCAUAUGCUAUUGUUAAAGAGUCGCCGAGCACCUGGGGGGAUGCCACCUUCUGGAAUAACAGACGCAGAUAUACAAUCCGUCCAAGAUAUCUUUGUUCAGCAAGAUGCGUUUCUGCAAGCUCUGGAUACUGCGCAGGACUACACUGCUGUUUCCGCUGCGUACGAAAGCGCGAAGCUGUUCAACGAAAAGCUCAAAUACUUAUUGGAUGUGCAAAAGAACAAGUUGCAUGCAACUCUGGAGCGCCAUCCGCUCACCAAGGAAGAGGCGAGCGCUGCGAAUGAGGCCAUGGCAAAAAUUGCUGAAGUUGCCAUCGACGACGGCGAAGAGUGCUGGCGUUACUUGCAGAUUGUGAAUUCAGAUAUUAGCGGGAAAUAUGAAGAGGCACCCGGCGUAUCUGCCAGCAAGGUGUUGCGGCAAAUGCUAACCACCAAGAAAAAGGCCGGCACUGCUGAGUCAGGAGAGGCUGCUAUAAACCCUGACAGCGCUGUCGCGACUGCUGUGAAGCAGUAUUUCUCCGGGCGGUGGCAGCACAUAGACACUACGGCGAGGGACCAUUGGAUGAAGGCGCAAGAUAUGCUCGAAAAGGCGAAGAAGGGAGCAAAGUACAAACUCGAUAAACCGGGAUUUGGAUCCACUGCACUGGAUGUGAAGACGAACCUGAGGGUGGAGUUAGCGAGGACGAGAACAGAGGGAGCAUCUCCGUCGAAGCUAUUGCAAUAUUUUAAUAGAUUAGCAAAGGAAUUUGAGUCGUAUGAUGAAACGCUAAAGGGUGUAUUCAUAUAUAAACUAGAAACACCGGAGUGGAGUCAGGUAGAAAUUCUGAAGGAGAAGUAUGACUCUGAAAAGGAACUGGCCAGGGACAGUCAAAGCUCUGCCGUGGUACCUGGACAUGCAGACACAAUUUUACAGACGUGCUUGCAAAUCCGGACGCUGUUCGAAUCAGCGAGGUCUGCUCAGUUUAAACAGGCAAUGAAGAAGGCGCUCGCUGAUCUUCAUGGUGCAGCGCAGGGUUAG